AUGAUUAAGGAGUUACAACGAAAAUAUGCCAACAUCACAACAAAGGCCUUGGAGCUCUUCAAAUCACUGUGUGAGGAAUGUCAGAAGAAAAGGAAAAGACCAAUGACCAAGAUCAUGGUGUACCAAGACCAUCUCACCAAAUUCUGCACUCUUCGUCCUCUUCAAACCAAACGUGCUGCAGAGGUUGCCUUCCAGCUUGUAGAUAGUUUCUUUCUCAUGGGUGCCCCUGCUGUUCUUCAAAGUGAUAAUGGCUCAGAGUUCACAUCCAGGGUGAUUACUGAGCUAAAAGAAAUAUGGCCUCACCAUGGUUCAUCAGAAGCCCCGUCAUCGACAAUGUCAGGGUUCUGGAUAAAGUGUUCUCAAUACUCUGCUAUGUUUGGUUGUGAAGCCAGAGUUGGCCUGACUUCUUCACCUCUACCCACAAAAGUUGUCUCAAGGUUGGAGAGUGAUCUCAUAGCAGUUAUUUCUACUGGUUCAGUGACCACUAGCGAAGCAACUGCAAGUGACAAUAAUGAUUUAUUGACCACUGAAGUGACUGAGGCAAUUUCUGUUGAUGCCAUUGUUCAAACUCCUCAGAUACUUCAAGAUCACCAAGUCCAAAUUCAGAAACGUAGAGUGGAAGCAUACAGAGGGCAGGUAUCUCAAGCCGAGAGAAUAGUCAAACGUAGUCGCUUAGACUUUAAAGUUGGUGAGUCUGGUGACAAUGUUGCUGUCCCAAUUCCAGCUGUGGAUUGUGGUAGAGGAGAUCAGCGGAAUAUCCUGGGUGUUGCUGUCAGCAGAGAUUUGGGAAAUAACCAGUAUAAGAUCGCUGUGAAGUCGGGUGUUCUAAAGGGUCAGUAUUCUAGAAACCAGUUUGACCCCUGCCCCCAGCGUUUACUGACAGAAGAUAACGUAAAUCAGGAUACUGCAGUGUCACUUCGAGAAUUGCUAUUGGACAAUCUGCAUGUAGUGGUCAGGGUUUCACUAGAUGCAACUGUAGUGAUCUGA